AAAGCCCAAAACGAGAAGACAGAGGACUCUUCUGAAUGAUGGCUAAGCCACAAAUCUUAGUGUGUUUUUUUCUCUAAAUUAUUUCCCACUAGAAAUUUAGAAAGAAAAAAAGAGAUGAGAUCAUCAAUCACUACAAAAUAGAUAUAACCGCCUUUCCAAUCUUCCGUCCAGCUCUCUUCUCUCUCUCAUAAACGCAAAGAGCUCGUUUUCUCUCUCUCUCCACCGCAAAAAAUUAAUUGAAGAAUAUUUCAAAGCAUAUAUAUAUAUAUACAAGGAUCAUGACGAAGUUAAAGUUUGAUUACGAGGAGGAAUACAUAAGAAACUCGAGAGGCGUCGAGUUGUUUGCCUGCAGAUGGGUUCCAUCUUCUUCUCCCAGAGCUCUCAUCUUCCUCUGCCAUGGCUACGGAAUGGAAUGCAGCGGCUUCAUGAGUGAAUGCGGGAUACGACUGGCUUCAGCAGGAUAUGCGGUAUUUGGAAUGGAUUACGAAGGUCAUGGUCGGUCCAAAGGAGCUCGUUGUUAUAUUAAGAAGUUUGGUGACAUAGUAAACGACUGCUACGAUUAUUACACCUCAAUCUCUGCGCAAGAAAAGUACAGAGAAAAGGGCAGGUUCUUGUAUGGAGAAUCAAUGGGAGGUGCGGUUGCUUUGUUGCUUCACAAGAAAGAUCCUUCUUUCUGGAAUGGUGCCCUUCUCGUCGCUCCAAUGUGUAAGAUAUCAGAGAAGGUGAAACCACAUCCAGUAGUGAUUAAUCUACUAACGAGAGUUGAAGAGAUCAUACCAAAGUGGAAGAUCGUGCCCACCAAAGAUGUUAUCGAUGCUGCCUUCAAAGAUCCGGUCAAGCGAGAAGAGAUAAGGAACAACAAGCUGAUAUAUCAAGACAAACCAAGACUCAAAACCGCACUUGAGAUGCUCCGAACGAGCAUGAACCUCGAAGACACUCUCCACGAGAUCACGUUACCUUUCUUUGUUCUCCACGGUGAAGCAGACACAGUGACCGAUCCAGAGAUUAGCAAAGCUCUGUUCGAGAAAGCGAGCACACGUGACAAAACUAUAAAACUUUAUCCAGGGAUGUGGCAUGGGUUGACUUCUGGUGAGCCUGACGCCAACGUUGACCUCGUUUUUGCUGACAUCAUUAAUUGGCUUGAUGUUCGUACCGGCGACGCCACUUCACUCACUGCAAAUGUUGAAAAGGUCGCUUGUAACGUUCAAGGGGAACCUAAAGGAGAACAGGCUAGUCUCUUUGGUGGGUUAAAUGGUGGUGGACGCCGUGUGGUCCAUCGAUCUUCUAUGUAAUAAACUAAACAGAGAAUAAUCUGUUGCAUCAGGUUUUUUUUUUUGUCCUCUCGACACUUGUUCUUAUUAGGACGCUAUUUUAUCAUUACCAAACA